AAAAUUUGUGCGUAUUAAUUUCGUUAUAAAAGAAUUAACUCCUAUAGUGCGUGCUUGGCCAUUAUUAAACCUCAUUUGAGCCGUUUUUACCAGGAUUCCAACUCGGUACCGAAUCGUAUGAAAAUAAAAUCAGUUCAACUUCCGAAAAUGCAGAAGAUAUUUACGAUACUCUGCGUGGUAUUGGUGAUAUCCAGCAGAGCUUGGGCCAGUCGACGAUGCUACAGUUGCUUAGCAGAGCAAGGCAGCGAUGGCUGCAACGAUCCAGUGGACAUCCGCAACAUGGAUGUGGAAAGGUGUACCUCCGAAGACGUUUACUGCAUCAAAACCACGUUCAAAACGUUUGAUGAGGAAAACCACGGGGACGGCAAGGAGAUGGUCAUGAGAGGAUGCGGAUCGCCCGAAAAUUGCUUCAAUCCCACCAACAAGAUCAUGAAGACGAUGAAGGCCAAAAUGGCGGGCAUCACGCUGCGCAAGAAAAACAUCAAAGAUUUCAAUUGCAAUGUGUGCUCGGUGAACCUGUGCAAUCGCGCCAGUUCCAUCGGGUUAUCUGCUGGGCUAAUCGGCGCUUCCUUGUUGCUUGUAAACCUCUUAAAGUAAUCUUUUAUAGUAAAUCUGAUUCCAACAAGACUAAUUUAACAACGCU